CUUGCAUUGGUCCUGAUCUGCACUCUGAGCUUUGAUUAUUCGAGAUCAUAGUGGAAGGUAUUGGGUUUCAGUAAUAGAGGGGAAAUGGGGUUUCUCUAUUUUGUCUGACCUGACAAAUCUUGCAUUGUUCUGCGGGUUCUGUUAAUGAGGUUAUUGAGGUUUGAUUUCAAUGUUGGAAGUCAAGACCGCUGGUUCAGACGGAAUUGAGAUUGAUAUUUGAUGGGGAACACAUGCGUAGGACCCAAUUUGGGUAAAAAUGGAUUCUUACAAAGUGUGUCCGCUGCGCUGUGGCGUGGGAGAACCCCCGCGGAAAUGCUACCUUCUCCCAAAGGAGAAGAAAGUAGCAGAAAAACAGCAGAGACAGCAAAAGAGUCAACAACACCAGCACCGGCACCUGAGACGCCAUCUAAAGAGUCUCAAGUGCCCCUACCCGUUCAAAGCACAGCACCGGAACCAGAAAAAAUCACCGGGAGGGAGUCUAAACCUGAGGAAUCUACCAUGUCUACUAAGCCACAUGUGAAAGAGGAGGAAAGUAAAGCAGCAGAGGCUCCGAAGCCCCAGAAACCUGUACAAAUCAAGAGAGUGUCUAGUGCUGGCCUUCAGAUAGAUUCUGUGUUGCAGAGGAAGACGGAGAAUCUGAAAGAGAAGUACAGUUUGGGUCGGAAGCUUGGGCAGGGACAGUUCGGCACGACGUUCUAUUGCAUGGAAAAAGGAGCUGGAAAUGAAUAUGCCUGUAAAUCAAUCGCAAAGAGGAAAUUGACAACUGUAGAGGAUAUAGAGGACGUGAGGAGGGAAAUCCAGAUAAUGCACCAUUUGGCUGGUCACCCCAAUGUCAUCCAGAUCAAGGGUGCUUAUGAGGAUGCCGUCGCAGUUCACGUUGUGAUGGAAUUGUGUGCAGGUGGAGAGCUGUUUGACAGGAUUAUCCAGAGGGGGCAUUAUACAGAAAGGAAGGCAGCUGAGCUUGCUAGGAUUAUAGUUGGUGUUGUGGAAGCUUGUCAUUCUUUAGGUGUCAUGCAUCGUGACCUUAAGCCCGAGAAUUUUCUCUUUGUCAGCCAGCAAGAGGAAUCGGCACUUAAAACAAUUGACUUUGGACUGUCUGUAUUCUUUAGACCAGGGGAAACAUUCACGGAUGUGGUUGGGAGUCCUUAUUAUGUUGCUCCAGAAGUGUUGCGAAAGCAUUAUGGUCAAGAAUGCGAUGUUUGGAGUGCUGGAGUUAUCAUUUAUAUCUUACUAAGUGGGGUCCCACCAUUUUGGGAUGAAACGGAGCAGGGAAUAUUUGAGCAGGUGUUAAAAGGUGAGCUUGACUUUGUAUCAGAUCCAUGGCCCGGUGUCUCUGAUAGUGCGAAGGAUUUGGUCAGGAGAAUGCUUGUAAGAGACCCCAAAAAGCGGCUCACAGCCCAUGAGGUUCUUUGUCACCCAUGGGUUCAAGUCGAUGAUGUUGCUCCUGAUAAGCCUCUUGAUUCCGCAGUCCUGACUCGCUUGAAGCAGUUUUCAGCCAUGAACAAACUCAAGAAAUUGGCAAUCAGAGUCAUUGCUGAGAGCCUUUCUGAAGAGGAAAUCGCUGGCCUUAAAGAGAUGUUCAAGAUGAUAGACACAGAUAAUAGUGGUCAGAUCACUUUUGAAGAACUAAAAUCUGGUUUGGAAAGAGUGGGUGCUAACCUGAAGGAGUCUGAAAUAUAUACAUUAAUGCAAGCUGCAGAUAUUGACAACAGUGGUACCUUAGACUAUGGGGAGUUCUUAGCAGCAACUCUCCAUCUGAAUAAAAUUGAUAAGGAGGAUCAUUUGUUUGCGGCUUUCUCAUACUUCGAUAAAGACGGAAGUGGUUACAUCACACAAGAUGAGCUGCAACAGGCAUGUGAUGAUUUUGGUAUAGGAAAUAUCCCCUUGGACGAUUUGAUCCGAGAAGUGGAUCAGGACAAUGACGGUCGUAUAGAUUACAGUGAGUUUGUGGCAAUGAUGCAAGACAGAGGUGGUUUUGGCAUGAAGGGUCUGCAGAAUAGUGCAAGCAUUGGGUUGAGGGAAGCCUUAAAGAUCGGUUGAUUUGUGACACUGAUUUUGUAUUUGUAACUAAAUUUUUGUCUUCAUUAUUAUUAGAAUUGGAGGUGACAUUAGUUGUAAAGAUCAGCCAAUGUUCACAAGGAACAAAAUCCUUUCCAUUUAGUUUUGGCAUGUUGUAUGUACUGUUCGGUUUUUAGUGGGAAGUCAAGUUGGAAUAGGUACCCCUUUUU